AAAUCGAGAAGCAGAAGUGGAUGGCAGUGCAGCCCCGCCCAUCUGCUCGGCUUUUUCUGUUGGUUGGCGGAGGUGGGCGGAGCGUCGAGUUGCGCGUCCAUUGGCUGUUUGGCGGGGCUACGCGAGCCGGGCUGUACGGAAAGGCCUGACCACGCAGUGAUUGGGUCUGUGCUGCCUGCCUGGGGUUGUUGUGGUCGUGGUCGGGUCUCCGCUCCAGGGCCGGGGAAAAUGGUGCUGGGUGGUUGCCCGGUGAGUUACUUACUUCUGUGCGGCCAGGCAGCUUUGCUGCUGGGGAAUUUACUUCUCCUGCAUUGUGUAUCUCGGAGCCACUCGCAAAAUGCGACCGCCGAGCCUGAGCUCACAUCCGCUGGCGCCGCCCACCUGGAGGGCCCCGCGGGUGCUGCGAGCUGGGAAUAUGGCGACCCCCAGUCUCCGGUCAUCCUCUGCUCGUACCUACCUGAUGAAUUUAUAGAAUGUGAAGACCCAGUGGAUCAUGUUGGAAAUGCAACUGCAUCCCAGGAACUUGGUUAUGGUUGUCUCAAGUUCGGCGGUCAGGCCUACAGCGAUGUGGAACACACUUCAGUCCAGUGCCGCGCCCUAGAUGGAAUUGAGUGUGCCAGUCCUAGGACCUUCCUACGAGAAAAUAAACCUUGUAUAAAGUAUACUGGACAUUACUUCAUAACCACUUUACUCUAUUCCUUCUUCCUGGGAUGUUUUGGCGUGGAUCGAUUCUGCUUGGGACACACUGGCACUGCAGUAGGGAAGCUGUUGACACUUGGAGGACUUGGGAUUUGGUGGUUUGUUGACCUCAUUUUGCUAAUUACUGGAGGGCUGAUGCCAAGUGAUGGCAGCAACUGGUGCACUGUUUACUAAAAAGAGCUGCUGUCAAGGCCCAGGGAGGCAGGUGAAAGCUCUGUCUUCUGAAUUCAUCUCUGCAGACUCAAACUCUUCUUUGAUAUCAGACCUGAUGUUAUUUUCCCUCUUUUGAGGUUUUGGUUAAGAAGGCUUCUUUGAACUUCAGAAUUUCAACCCAGAUUUUACCUUACAGACUAGAAAUGACAAGCAAAAAGUGUUGUGGGGAUCAAAUUGUACCUUUCCUCGUGCACAAAACAUAAAGGAUAGUGACGAGUUUACAAGCUGUGGAUGAGUUUCCAGAGUCUUCCUUUCUGUACACUGCUAUAUGUUCAGUCCGUCAGAGCAAGUGGAUUUAACAAGUUGAGCCAAGUGAAUACUUGUAUCCAUAUUCCUUUUGUGACCCUGGGUCUAUCUACAAGGAGAUUUGAAGCUGAACAAUGAAAAUCUUCAGCAGAAGUGGAAAUGGCCAUGGAAUGUAAUACACACUGAAAGUCUGACUUUCUGAAUCUAAAUGCAGUAUAAAUUUUGCCAACCUGGAGUACUGACUGUAUGAGUAUUUUCAGUAUGAGGAGUAAACUCAAAAUUGUAUUUGUUUUGCAG